AUGUCGCGAACAAUUCCCGCGCUUCUCCUCUGCGUCCUCGCCGCGCUCGUCCGCGUCGCGUCGGCGGAGGUGUACUUCGAGGAGCGCUUCGACGCGGGAUGGGCCGAUCGAUGGCUCAAGAGCGACUGGCACGUGAGCGACGGCACCGCGGGCGACUUCACGCGCACCGCGGGCAAGUGGUACGGCGACGCGGAGGCGGACGCGGGGGUCCAGACGGGACCCGACGCGAGGUUCUACGCCAUGAGCGCCGACAUGGGCAAGACGUUCACGAACGAGGACAAGCCCCUCGUCCUGCAGUUCUCCGCGAAGCACGAGCAGAAGCUCGACUGCGGCGGCGGCUACAUCAAGCUCCUCCCGUCCACCGCCGACGUCAAGUCCUUCGGCGGCGACACCCCUUACGCGAUCAUGUUCGGACCCGACAUUUGCGGCCACGCCACGAGGCGCGUGCACGUCAUCCUCGCCAACAAGGGCGACGCCAAGCCCGCGAACUUGCUCAUCAAGGACGACAUCAGGGCGGAGACGGACCAGCUCACGCACGUGUACACCCUGAUCAUUUACCCGAACAACUCGUACGUGGUCAAGAUUGACAACGUCGAGGUGUCCACGGGCGACAUCGAGGAUAGGUGGGAUUUCCUGCCCCCGAAGACGAUCAAGGACCCGGCGGCGUCCAAGCCGGAGGACUGGGACGAUCGGCCGUCGAUUCCGGACCCGAACGACGUCAAGCCGGACGAUUGGGACGAGUUGAACCCCGAGUUAAUUCCCGACGUCGACGCCAAAAAGCCGGACGAUUGGGACGACGAGGAGGACGGCGAGUGGCAGGCGCCGAUGACUAAAAACCCCGAGUAUACGGGGCCGUGGACGCAGAAGAGUAUCGCUAACCCGGAUUAUAAAGGGCAGUGGGAGCACCCGACGAUUCCCAACCCCGAUUACGACUCUUCGGGCGCCGAGUCUCUGUACAAAUUUACCGACCUUCGACACGUCGGGUUCGAGCUGUGGCAGGUCAAGUCCGGGACCAUCUUCGACAACGUCCUCGUCACCGACGAUCCGCAUUACGCGGAGAAGUUCGCGAACGAGACGUGGGGCGCGAUGAAGGACGCGGAGCGAAAGAUGUUCGACGCCGUCGAGAAGGCUCGAGCGGCGAAAGAAGCCGAGGAGGCGAGGAAGGUGACCGACGCCGACCUCGAGGCGGACAAACGCGCCCAACCGAUAACCGUUACAAACGACGACAACGACGACGACGACGACGACGACGACGACGCGGACGACGAGUACCGCGAGGAGCCCGCGCACGACGAGCUGUGAGCCACCGGCGCUUCGCGAUCGACCGAACUCGUCAAAUCUCAAACUCGGCGAAAAAAUGAA